UGCCUGGUGACUUUUUGCAGGCGGCGCAGAGCUCCGGUUCUACGGCGAAGAGGUGACGGCGGAGUGGGAGGUUUCUGUGUGCUCCGUGACUGUGUGACACGAGUGGGGCAGGAUGUCGAUGAACUGGAAUAAAGGUGGUCCCACUGGGAAGCGCGGCUUUGGAUUCGGGGGCUUCGCUAUCUCUACGGGGAAGAAGGAGGAGCCGAAACUUCCGCAAACCUCUCACAGCUCUUUCGGCAGUGCAACUCCUGGCUUCGGAGCCGGCAAUAGUUCCCAGCUGCCCUCCUUCUACAAGAUUGGAUCCAAGAGGGCCAACUUUGAUGAAGAGAAUGCAUACUUUGACGAUGAAGAGGAGGAUUCCUCAAAUAUGGACCUGCCAUACAUUCCAGCAGAGAACUCCCCAACCAGGCAGCAGAUGUUAGCGAAGCCGGCGGCUGAUUCUGACAGUGAGGAGGACCCGCUUGAGGCCUUUAUGGCCGAAGUCGAGGAUCAGGCUGCCCAAGACUUGAGGAAGCUGGAAGAUCGGGACAAGGAGAAGAAAAAUGCCAGGGGUAUCCGGGACGACAUUGAGGAAGAAGAUGACCAGGAAGCUUACUUCCGGUUUAUGGCUGAGAACCCAACUGCUGGGCUUAUCCCCGAGGAAGAGGAGGACAACCUUGAGUAUGAUAGUGAUGGCAACCCCAUGGCCAGCACAACUAAGCGUAUUAUUGACCCCCUUCCAAUUAUGGAUCAUUCCGAGAUAGAGUAUCCACCUUUCGAGAAGAACUUUUAUGAAGAACACGAGGAGAUCACAGCCCUGACUCCCCAGCAGGUUGUAGAGCUGAGGCACAAGCUGAACUUGCGGGUCUCUGGAGCUGCUCCACCACGUCCAGCCAGCAGCUUUGCUCACUUUGGAUUUGAUGAACAGCUCAUGCACCAGAUUAGGAAGUCUGAAUACACGAAGCCAACACCCAUCCAGUGCCAUGGUGUUCCAGUGGCACUUAGCGGACGCGACCUGAUUGGCAUUGCCAAAACUGGGAGUGGUAAGACAGCUGCUUUCAUCUGGCCGAUGUUGGUACACAUUAUGGACCAGAAGGAGCUACAGACAGGGGACGGUCCCAUCGCAGUCAUUGUGUGUCCCACCCGCGAGUUGUGCCAGCAGAUCCACAGUGAAUGUAAACGGUUUGGAAAGGCCUACAACCUGCGCUCUGUGGCUGUGUAUGGAGGUGGCAGCAUGUGGGAACAGGCUAAGGCUCUGCAGGAAGGUGCAGAGAUUGUGGUCUGCACUCCGGGUCGUCUUAUUGACCAUGUGAAGAAAAAAGCCACCAACCUGCAGCGUGUCACUUACCUUGUGUUUGAUGAGGCAGAUCGGAUGUUUGACAUGGGCUUUGAAUACCAGGUCCGAUCCAUCGCCAACCAUGUAAGACCAGACAGACAAACUCUCCUGUUCAGUGCCACAUUCCGGAAAAAGAUUGAAAGAUUAGCCAGAGAUAUUCUGAUCGAUCCCAUCCGCAUAGUUCAGGGAGAUAUCGGAGAGGCCAAUGAAGACAUCACCCAGGUGGUUGAGAUUUUCCCAUCUGGCCCAGAGAAGUGGAGCUGGAUGACCCGCAGACUGGUAGAGUUCACAUCUACAGGCAGCGUUGUUAUUUUCGUCACCAAGAAGGCCAAUGCUGAUGAGCUGGCCAGUAACCUACGCUUAGAGGACCAUUCUCUGGGCCUUCUUCACGGAGAUAUGGACCAGAGUGAGAGGAACAAAGUCAUCACAGACUUCAAGAAGAAGGCCGUCCCCAUUCUGGUAGCCACAGAUGUUGCUGCCCGAGGCCUGGACAUUCCAUCAAUCAAGACCGUUAUCAACUAUGACGUGGCACGAGAUAUUGACACACACACUCACCGUAUUGGUCGCACAGGGAGAGCGGGAGAGAAGGGUGUGGCUUAUACUCUGUUGACACCAAAAGACAGCAAUUUUGCAGGGGAUUUGGUGAGGAAUCUGGAAGGAGCCAACCAAUAUGUAUCGAAGGACCUUCUGGAACUGGCUAUGCAGAAUGCUUGGUUUCGCAAGUCCCGCUUUAAGGCUGGAAAAGGCAAGAAGCUGAACAUAGGCGGAGGCGGCCUGGGCUAUAGAGAGCGCCCGGGACUUGGAUCAGAAAAUACGGAACGCAACGUGACUGGGAAUGUGAUGAGCAACUAUGAAGCCUUCAAGCCCACGGGUGGAGCAAUGGGAGACAGACUGUCCGCCAUGAAGGCUGCAUUUCAGUCUCAGUACAAAAAUCACUUUGUCGCUGCCAGUCUGAACACCCAGAAAACCGGGACAUCCACAAUCAAUUCUGGUGCUUGGACAAGCGCUGGUAGUUUAAGCUCCGUACCCAGCACCCCAUCACAAAGUUCACUACAUGCAGAAGAUUUGGUUCCACCUCCUCCUCCUCCUAGAUCCAUUCCAGGCUUUACCAGCAGUGGAACACUAAGCAGUAUUGCCAGUACUUAUGCCCCUGUGAGUGCUCCCAGUUUCCCCUCCCCCAGCCAAUUUAGUGCCAAAGACAGCAGCAGUGGCGGCAGAGAGCGCAGCGGAAGCCGAGAAAGAGAGAAGUACACCGAAGGAAAAGGCAGACACGGGGACGGACAUCGCGACAGAGAAGGGCACCGCCAUGGAGAAGGACACCGGCAUUCCAGCAGUAGCAGACACGGGGACAGUCGUAACGGAGAAGGCCGAAGGGAUAGUGAGGGUCGAAGGGAGAGCUCGCGAGAUAGCGAAGGACCGAGGGACAGCUCUCGCGAAAGGGACGACAGCCGGAGAGACAGCCGCGGAGACAGUCGAAGGGAUAGUCUCCAUGAAGGCAGAAAAGAGAGCCCCCGAGACGUUGAGAACCGCAGGGAAUCGCGGGAUGAUGGCGAAAGCCGAAAAGAAUCGAAAAGUGAAACUUUUGCCGUUCCAGAUCCUCCAAAGCGGAAAAAGAGCAGAUGGGACAGUUAACUUCCCAAAAACAAAGGAGAAGAAUGGAUACAGAAUCUGUCAGAAACGCAGAUUGUUUCCGGGGGACGUCGGUG